AUGUUCUCACUACAGCAGCUGGCUGCUUCGGGCCUGGGCAACGCGACGGCAGCAAACACGACCACAAGCACAGCGGCAGGUACAGCUAGAGCUAUAGCCAAAGCAACAACACAGCUCUCUAGUCAGGCGAAGUUCGGCGACAGCGACAGUCACAAUUCACCCUCGCACGCGGACGGUUAUAGUCACUGCGAAUCAGAGUCGGAUUUGGAGUCGGCGCACCACGGCAAUCAUUUUCCAUCAGCCCACCAAUUGGCCCGAAAGCUAUUGGAGCAGCGUAGCCAGGAUAUCCAGCGUCAGAUUCAUACACAAUCGGUCAGCGGACAGCGAGCCAAGUCCUCCCAACAGCAGCAGCAGCAAACCACCACCAAGUUCGCCAUGUCAUCGCUAGCGGCGGAGCCCCUGCAAGCCCACAAGGCGGAUGAAAUCACGGCCUCCGGGGCGGACAAUGCCGUGGAGUCCCCUGGACUGGGUGCCUCCUGUCAUGAUGUGGCCUCCGCAUCGGCCAGUGCCGGUACAAAGGCCUGCUUCAGCACUGGCCUUGGCGAGAUCAUACAGUUCAUGGAGCUCAUUGGCAAUCUGAAGGUAUGCGAAACGUAACCAGUUUUCCAGCUGCUUUCCUUUA